AUUCGCGAAUUGACAUUUUCGUCCUUUGGCUCUAUAAAGAUCUUCUCCGUUUUACCAUCACGGCGUCGCGCAUUUAGCGUUGUUUUGAAGCUUCUUCUUCUCUCUCUCUCUCUUUCAAAUUCCGUUCGUGUCUAGCUCGUUGUUACGCGAUCUCUCUCAGAUAUCUUCGAAAGUUUUUCGCAGAGUGAAGCAGGAUGGGUUUGUCUUUCGCUAAGCUUUUUAGCCGGCUUUUUGCAAAGAAGGAGAUGCGAAUUCUGAUGGUUGGUCUUGAUGCUGCUGGUAAGACCACCAUUUUGUACAAGCUCAAGCUCGGAGAGAUCGUAACCACCAUUCCCACUAUUGGGUUCAACGUUGAAACUGUGGAGUACAAGAACAUCAGUUUCACAGUGUGGGAUGUUGGGGGUCAGGACAAGAUCCGUCCCUUGUGGAGGCACUACUUCCAGAACACUCAAGGUCUUAUCUUUGUGGUGGACAGCAAUGACAGAGACCGUGUUAGUGAGGCUAGAGAUGAAUUGCACAGAAUGCUGAAUGAGGAUGAGCUGCGUGAUGCUGUUCUGCUCGUGUUUGCUAACAAGCAGGAUCUUCCAAAUGCCAUGAACGCAGCUGAAAUCACUGAUAAGCUUGGUCUCCACUCUCUCCGUCAGCGUCACUGGUACAUUCAGAGCACAUGUGCCACUUCAGGUGAAGGGCUUUACGAAGGUCUUGACUGGUUGUCCAACAACAUUGCCGGCAAGGCGUAGAGGGAAAGUUCGUUGUUGAGUUGAUUUUGCUGGUCAAAUCUGGAUGCAGGGGCAAACAUCAUCUGAAUUGUUUCUUUCUUUCUUUCCGGUUUUCUUAUUGUUCUGUUUUGUUUUUUUGGGGUAAGUGGAUUGAUUUUGUGAUUGUUGUUCUGAUUUGUGUAAGGUGGGGGUCUCUUGUAUGUAGAACAUAGAAACUAUCUUUUAUAUAGUCUGGUAAAACUGUAAUCGAAGAUUUAAUCUACUACUUUCGUGGCUUUUUUGUUGUUGUCACGUUUUACUUUUGCA